AUGCCCACCUCUUUCAAUGACCCAGCAGGAAAAUGCAGCGUUGCGCGCCAAGUCCACGACGUCACGGAGCUGCUUGCGGCGUUCAAUCUCUCGGUGCUGCACGACGCGCGCUUGGAAGCUGUCUACCACAUGGAGCUUCAACUGGGGCUGCAAGCUCUUGAUGAAUUGCUGGACGGCAAAGCGACCGAGUAG